GGGAACAGGACGCCGCCAUUUUGUUGCGGCGGGAACCAGUGAGUCUGACAUCGUCGGUCCGCUCGAUCGCCGCCUCCCCCUCCCUCACCGCCCGGCACCCGCAGCGCCUCAAACCCGGGCACCCGGUCCCGCCGGCCCGUGCAGCGGACAGCGCCCGGUUCUCGGCCCCGUACAGCCUCAGCGGACAGGUACCUCAGGCCGGACACCGCUCUCGCGGCCUCGCCACACACCACCCCCGCCUCCCCCCACCCCCCAGGCAGCAUGGGCAGGAAGAAGAAGAAGCAGAUGAAGCCGUGGUGUUGGUACUGCAACAGAGACUUUGAUGACGAGAAAAUUCUUAUCCAGCACCAGAAGGCAAAACAUUUCAAAUGUCACAUUUGUCACAAAAAGCUGUACACUGGCCCCGGUCUAGCGAUUCAUUGUAUGCAGGUUCACAAGGAAACAAUAGAUGCCGUUCCAAAUGCAAUACCAGGAAGAACAGAUAUAGAAUUAGAAAUCUAUGGAAUGGAGGGCAUUCCAGAAAAGGACAUGGAAGAAAGGAGAAGAUUGCUCGAACAAAAGACUCAAGCUGAAAGUCAGAAGAAGAAGCAGAAAGAUGAUGAUUCUGACGAGUUCGACGAGGAGGAAGCGGAGGCUGGAACGUCUUACCAGCAGCAGGGAAUGCAACAACAGCAGGGCUUCGUACCCAGCAUGAACCAGUCCAGCAUGCACCCUGUGCCUGGUACACCAGGCAUUCCUCCAGGAAUGCCACCAGUGGUGCCCGGUGUCCCACCCAUGAUGCCAGGCAUGCCACCGGGAAUGCCAGGGAUGCCUCCUGGAAUGAUGCCCAUGGGUGGAAUGAUGCCCCCGGGACCUGGAAUGCCACCUAUGAUGCCAGGCAUGCCCCCUGGUGGGUAUUUCAAAAUAAUUGGCAACAACAUAGGUAUGCCCCCCCCUGUACCACGCCCAGGGGGACCACCGAUGACUCAGUCACAGCCUGUGAGUGCACCAGGUGUUCCCAGCAGAGCACCACCUCCAGGACUCAGUCCGCAGCCCCCUAUUGCCAAACCACUCUUCCCCAGUGCUGGGCAAAUGGGGACUCGUGUAUCAAGCACAUCUACUGCCUCUACUACAGCUUCAUCCAAUUCGACAAAUCUCUCCACUUCCUCUAAACCUCUGUUUCCUAGCGCAGUUCAAAGCCAGCAGCCUGUGUCCGGCCCUGUGGGCACCGACUUCAAGCCACUGAACAGCACUCCCGCCACCACAGCGGAGCCCCCCAAGCCCACUUUCCCCGCGUACACCCAAUCCACAGUUAGUGCCACCAGCACGGCCAACACCACUGUAGCCAAGCCGGCGGUGCCUGUGACCAGUAAGCCCGCAACACUGACCACAACUAGUGCAACCAGUAAGUUGAUCCAUCCCGACGAGGAUAUCUCGCUGGAGGAACGACGAGCCCAGUUUCCCAAAUACCAGCGUAACAUCCCCCGGCAAGGCCAGGCUCCUUUGGGGCCACCACCGGUUGGGCCGAUGAGUGGCAUGAUGCCACCACAACAGGGGAUGCCCCCCCAGCAACCAGCGAUGAGACCUCCCAUGCCUCCGCCAGGCCAGUAUGUGGGCCCUCCACAAGGCAUGCCAGGCUACCUACCGGGUGGCAUGCCUCCUUACGGACAGGGACCUCCGAUGGUGCCUCCUUACCAGGGAGGACCUCCUCGGCCCCCGAUGGGAAUGUCAGGAUUGAGGCCUCCUGUCAUGUCGCAGGGGAGCCGUUACUGAAGCUGCUGUUACCUACGUCAAUAGGUUUGGAGAUUCAACCUUUUCUCAACUUGCUGUUAACUAGACAAGCUUCAGUGAAUUUAAGUGACUUUAACAAAAACACGAUAAACCUGCUAAUGAUGACCACAAAAAAAAUAGCUGGCCGCGCCCGGGCUAUGCUGUUCAUGUUUUAUCUGAGUAGAAAAGGAAAAUGUACUCUUCGCACGUACAUACACAAUAAACAAAAGCAGGAGCCUUUUUUUUCUUCCCCCCUCCCUCCCCCCCCCCCCCCCCCCCCUGUAAUUGCAAUUCAUGUUGUAUAGCUUCUUUUCUCGUGUUUCAUCUAGGUUUUUAGAACUGAAGUAUAGUAAAUAUGGUUCGUUAAAAAAUUGUGAAGGCGCUGGAGUUACAUGACCAUGCAGUACCAUCUUAAAGGCAAGUUCUGUAAAUUAAAAUUGCUUCUGUUUAAAGAAAAAGCGAGGCCUUCGCAGCACUUUAGGUGCUGUUGGACUUCACUGUCCCCAACAUAGUUUGGUGAGGGCUUCUGAUGUCUUGUGUGCUGCAGCCCAACUACCUGUUCAGUUGAGUUUUUGAUUAUGUAACUUGUUUAAUGUACUUCGUUCCCAACACAUCGCAGGGUUUAACACCAAUUUUGAACCUAAAUAGGUCGUACUUGAUUUCUUAAUUUCUGUACCGUUGUAAAGUUCAUUGUAAUAAAACUUGAUGGAAACUUUAA